AUGGCUCUGAAGAGUUUUCUUUUAGUUUUAGUUCUUUCAUUUCUGGUGACGGCGAGUGCCUCCUCCAUUGAGGACCUUGAAUCGAGAGAAAAGAAGAAAAAAAUUGCUCUAUUUAUUUACUUCGCCGAUCUGGUCCUCAAGAAGAUCUUUAUCUUCAAGAUAAUUUAUGCCUUUAUAUUCUGGUUGGUGAUCCACAAGGCGGGCUACUUCCUGAGCUGGUUCGUGAGUUACCUUAAAGAUCAGAAGCAUCACCAUCACGACUAUCAUGACCACAUGACCACCAUGACCACUACCUCCCUCAUUAUGACAGUCACUAUGGCCCGUAUAGGAAACAGAGCCAUGGAAUACAAUAAACUGUUAAUACUGAACACCAUCACAAGACUAACAACUGAACAUUGUUAUCGCCCUGUGAGGAUUAUACAGCUCGGCUCACGGAUCUCGGUCUUGACAUAG